AAGAAAUACGCGAAGAUGAAUUUUUAAUUAAGUUAAAUCAUGACUAGUGCCUCUCAUUUAAAUAAUAUAUUAUUAAGUUUUUUCGAUAGGAAUAAAGUUAACACAGGAUUAAGUAAAGAUGAUAUUUUAAACAUCACAAAUCGACUAAUAAGUUUCUUGAAGCAGAAGCCGGAACUUAGACAUUUUAGACAGAAACUUUUUAAUAUACUUUUUAAACUCAAGCAUUCAGCAAUUAGACUCGAUAUUUUAGACGAACAUGACAAUUAUUUUGAAUCAAUGAGUAUAUUAUUAAACUAUUUCAUAGAACUUGAAGUCUGGGCGCUUUAUGAUGAAGGAUGUGAUGAAAACAAUUUAGAUGUAUUCAAUAGGAUAUUUACAUAUUUAAACUUUUUUUUAAAUAGUAGUGAGCUGAAUAUAGUCAAGACUUUUGUUCACUACUUUAUUCGAGACGAUAAAAUUAUGGAUUUAAAGGCAGAUCCCAUUCUGAAGGACUUGUUCUGCCAACUAUUUGAGAAGCUGUUUUUAACGCCAUAUCAGAAGAAUCGUCCCAAAGGAAAUGAGCUUGAAUUUUUUUCAUAUCUAUUCAUAUUUAAGCUAUGGCAUUAUGUGUGCAGUACAAAUGAGGAGAAACACAAAAUAGAACGACUGAUUCCUCUGCUUUACAAGUUCGAUACAAGUCUUUCAUCAUUUAUUAUAUCCAAAAAGUACAUAACUCACACUUAUUAUGACAAUGGAUCAUACACUAUUAAAAAUAUUAAGGAUAGGAUCUUGAAAAUGCUCAAAACUGACGAAAGUGUCAAUGAAUCUUUAAAUGAAACGGAAAGUCUUGCCAAUACGCCUUAUUUUAAUGUUAAUUGUUCCUAUGAAGUACCAAUUAAGUGGCUGGAUAAAUUCUCGAAAAAGUCUGGUGACGUUUUAAUUGAAAGUGACGACGACACAAACUUUUCAAUUCCACAAUCACAGGAAAUAGCUCCAAAUAUAUCAGAUGUAACGACAAUACGCGUUAUUAGUCCAGAAAUGUCACGAAACUUCUCUGACAUAAGUACAACUUAUGUGUCUUCUAAUCAACUUAGUUCAAACAAUGUUGAAGAGAAUAUAUCAAGUGUUAGUACUGUGCAUUUACAUUAUCCUGAGAAUGAUAAUGAUAUGCAUCACGACUUUUCUGCAACUACAACACUUUCAGUUCUAAAUUUAGAUAGUUUAAUAACUGAAUGUCCAUCAAACUCGAGUUUUUUUACUGCAGCUGGGACUGAACGAUUUCCAUCAAGUGUGUCUGACACAAGUACAACAUAUUUAUCAUGCCUAAGUUCCGAAAAGAUAAUUGAAAAUGUCCAGCAAAAUGGAGCCGUAAUAAAAACAAUGAAUCCAAAAUCAGCAAGCAGUUCGCCAAGAUGCAAGAAUGUCCUGAAAGUUGGUAAUGGGAUAUCUCACAUUAGAAUUAUAGAAAGGAAAGAUUAUAUCAAAAAAGGCAAUAGCAGACGAAGGACAUUUUCAAUGUUAAGGGACGAACGUUUAAUUUCAAAACAAAAUGCUUUAAAGAGAAGUUGCAAAUCAUUAGAAAAUGGUUGGAAAGAAAUCAAGCAAUGCUCAGUGAAACUCAAGAGACUUGACAGCAUCGAAAUUGAAGCAUUUAAAAACAAGAAAUUGCCUUUAGAAUAUUUUUCUAGAACAUAUAGUAAAAUAAGUAGCAACGAUGAACAAAUAAGUGAAAAAUCAAUAGACUUAAAUGACUCAAAUAUUAGCAUUGAGAUUUUGGAAGAGACGCUGGGAUCUCGAGCAUAUCUUUAUUGUCGCGAAGUUCAAAAGACUCUUACAAAUGGAAAAAGAAAUCUUCGCAAAAGAGCGAAAAGUUGUUUUAGCUACUACUAGUCGAGCAAUAGUAACAGACAAAUGUGAUAAUACUCUUACUUUUUUGAUUUUUUUUUUUUGACUUGUUAUUAAGAAAUUAAAAUUUUUAUAGACAAUUUUGUUUUAUUACUGG